AUGUUGGAUGGACUGAGCUCUCUGCCCACGCAGAUGGAUUAUAAGGGUCAGAAGUUAGCUGAACAGAUGUUUCGGGGAAUUAUUCUUUUUUCUGCCAUAAUUGGCUUUAUCUAUGGAUAUGUGGCUGAACAGUUUGGUUGGACAAUCUAUAUUGUUAUGGCUGGAUUUGCUUUUUCAUGCUUGCUGACACUUCCUCCAUGGCCCACAUAUUGCCGACACCCCCUCAAAUGGCUCCCUGUUCAAGACUCAGGCUCAGAAGACAAGAAACCAGGAGAGAAAAAAAAUAAAAAGGCAUCCUAAAAAUAACU